CCUCACAGGCGUCACGGAUCAAAGCAGACAACUGAGGGGUCCAUAUCUGUGGUCAUCAUGAGGGUGUUUGCAGUAAUCCUCGCUCUGGCUGUUUUCUCUGCCUGCCAUGGACGCAGUGUCCUUCAGGACGACCUGCAGACCAGGUGGGACGCCACGGUGGAGAAGCUUAAAGAUUACGUCACAGACCUGAACUCCAGGGCCGACGAGAUCCUGAAGGACAUCAAGAGCUCCCAGAUCAGCCGAGAGCUCGACACUCUGAUCCAGGACAGCGUGGCGGAUCUGUCCCUGUACAAGGACAACCUGGAGACCAAGCUGGUUCCGUACACCCUGGACACCACGGAGCGUCUGGGGAAAGAGCUGCAGCUGCUGGGGGACAAGCUGAACGUCCACGUCACCGAGGCCCGGGACCAGAUGGACAGGUACUACCAGGAGCUGCAGGCCUUGAUGGAGCAGAACGCCGACGACGUGAAGGUCCGAAUGUCCGCCUACAGCCACAAGCUGAAGAAACGUCUCCAGAAGGACACCAAGGAGCUCAACAGACAAAUCUCUGAGUACAUCGAGGAGCUUCAGUCCCGUGCCUCAGGUAAUGUGGAGGAUGUGAGGACUAUGCUGGACCCGUACGUCUCCCAGGUCCGGGACAACACAGAGGCCAAGAUCAGCACCCUGAACGAGCUGAUGAAGUCCCAGGUGGAGGUCAUCAAGGAGCGCCUGGAGGUCUCCACCGAGGAGCUGAGGUCCAGUCUGGGCCAGAAGGUGGAGGAGCUGCGGAACUGGUUCCAGCCCUACAUGUCAGCCAUCAGAGAGGCCAUGUAGUCCUGAUACCAGACCGGUUCACCACAAACCCAGUUCAAGACCGCGUCAGAAAGAAUCCAUGAAAUUUAUGUAAAAACCUGAACCCUGACAAUAAAAUCCUCCAAAUCCUGA